AUGGCCACGACCCUCGGCGCUGGCUCGACCCAGCUCAGGAGUCACAUGUUCCGCUACUCGAUCCACGGCCGCUGCUCAAACUACGCCGCCGCUUCUCGACACUCCGUCCUGGCCACCCCCGGAUCGCGAUGCCUACCACGGCCCUCUGCCGCCUCCACCCGCAGCUUCGCCUCCAAUUCGGGCAAGAGACCGAGAUUCUCCCAGCGCCUCGGCGAGGCCAUGCGCAACACCAAGAUCCAAUGGUAUCAGAUCCCUGUCGGUCUGGGCAUCGGCUUCCUUGGUCUCGUCCAGUUCUACAAGGUCUCCGCCAGGGAACAGGAGAAGCAACGCGAGAUCCAGGGUGGCUUCGACGACGGAAAACCCCCCAAGAGGCGUCCUAGAAUCCGCCCCGAUGGACCAUGGCAAGUCCAGGUCAUGUCGACUCUGCCCCUCAAGGCCAUUUCUCGCGUCUGGGGCAGAUUCAAUGAGCUGACCAUCCCGUACUAUCUGCGAGUUCCCGGCUUCAAGCUCUAUUCCCUGGUAUUUGGCGUCAACCUCGAAGAGGUUGCCGAACCCGAUCUUCACGUGUAUCCUAAUCUCGCCGCCUUCUUCUACCGUACCCUCAAGCCCGGCGCCCGACCCCUUGACCCCGAUCAUCACACCCUGCUAUGCCCUUCGGAUGGCAAGGUCCUUCAAUAUGGCCAGAUCCAAGGCGGUGACAUUGAGCAGGUCAAGGGAAUGACAUACAGCAUCGAUGCUCUCCUUGGCAAGAACACACCCACCCCCAGCGUCACUGGCACAGCAUCAGGAACCUCGUCAGGAACCUCUUCAGGCGCGUCCUCGCUCGAGUCCAGCGGAAUUCUCCCCGAGCUCUCAGGAGAUGAGGAGUUGGUGAAGCAAGACGAGGACUUUGCUAAGGUCAAUGGCAUCUCUUACACCCUCCCCGACCUUCUCUCUGGCAACCCCAGUGCUACCAAAGGCCCCUCAGUCACCGACGCCUCGACUCCUGCUUCACCGCGAGUCGAGUCUGAGGUCCGCGCCGAGCUAGCCCUCGGAGACCGACCUUGGUACGACAUGCUUUCGCCCAACAAGAACACAUCUUUGUAUUACGCCGUCAUCUACCUUGCCCCCGGCGACUACCACCGCUUCCACUCGCCGACUAACUGGGUCGUCGACCGACGGCGUCACUUUGCAGGCGAGCUGUACAGUGUCUCUCCCUACCUCCAGCGAACCCUCCCCGGUCUCUUCACCCUAAACGAGCGAGUUGUGCUCCUGGGCCGCUGGCGAUGGGGUUUCUUCAGCUAUGUCCCCGUUGGAGCGACCAACGUGGGCUCCAUCAAGAUCAACUUUGACCGAGAGCUGCGAACCAACAGCCUACUGACCGACACUGCGGCGGACAAGGCGGCGGAGGAAGCUGCCAGGCGGGGCGAGCCGUACUUGGGCUUUGCCGAGGCAACCUACGAAGGAGCCAGUCCUGUUUUACGAGGUCACGCCCUGCGAAGGGGUGAAGAGAUGGGUGGUUUCCAGCUUGGCAGCACGGUGGUGUUAGUGUUUGAGGCACCCGCGGAGAAACGAGGCGAAGACAACAAACGCCUAGGAUGGGAAUGGGCCGUAGAAACGGGGCAGACGGUCAGGAUGGGCCAGGCUCUCGGACGAGUGAUUGAGCCUUCAAAAUAG